AUGUUCAUUGAAAAGUCUCUCACUAGACUCAAGCCCGAGGACCGUACUCUCCCUCAAAUCCUUCGACUUCGCGAGCUGCUCGGCAGAGGUAUUGCUGUGCACCAUGGUGGUCUUCUACCUAUAAUGAAGGAGAUUGUUGAAAUUUUGUUUGCAAAGUCCCUGGUCAAGGUUCUGUUUGCCACAGAGACUUUUGCGAUGGGUCUCAACCUCCCCACCCGGACAGUAGUCUUCUCUGGAUUCCGCAAACACGAUGGCAAGGGGUUCCGGGAUCUUUUACCCGGUGAAUAUACGCAAAUGGCAGGACGUGCCGGACGCAGAGGUCUCGAUACUGUGGGCUAUGUGAUAAUCACAAACAAUGCCGGAAGAGACGAUGCGCCCCCUGCCGGUGCGCUGAAAAAGAUGAUUCUUGGAGAUCCUACCAAGCUCAGAUCUCAAUUUCGACUCACGUACAACAUGAUCCUCAAUCUGCUGCGUGUUGAAGCGCUUAAGAUUGAAGAGAUGAUCAAGCGAAGUUUCAGUGAAAAUGCCACACAGGCUCUGCUUCCUGAGCAUGAGAAGCAAGUUCAGCUCUCCGAGGCUAGCUUGGAGAAAAUCAAGCGAGAGUCCUGCGAAGUUUGCGACAUAGACCUGGCAGCGUGCCAUGAUGCUGCGAUGGAAUAUGAGCGACUCACAAGCGAAUUGCACACUGGACUUUUGGCAUCGCCGAUUGGAAAGCGCCAGUUUCCACAGAAGAAGCUGGUCGUAUACAGAAAGGACGGAUUACGAACCGCUGGAAUUAUCGUUAGAGACGGAACUACCAACGGAGCUGUGCCGUGUAUCCAAGUACUUGAGAUUGGCACAAUCGGUAAUAAGCGACAUCCUGGGGACAUCCUUCCAUUCCUGCCUAAAUUUCGAUCAUUACUGCAACCGCUACCCUCGAAUGCUGCCUCGAUGUCUCUGAAAGUGUACAAGAUCCCGGUUGUCGACCUCGAAUGCGUUACGAACACGCAAGUCAAGGCCGGGGGACCCGCCUGGUACUUGAAUAUCAAGAAAGAAGCCAAAAAGUUUGCGGAGAAGGAGUUGGUCAAGUACACGUCCUCAUGGGUUGAUGACAGGUGGGAUGAACUCGACUGGUCGCGAGUCAAGGAGCUUCAAGUGCGGGAUAUUCUGGAUAAACGAAAGGCCCAGGCACAGAUUGCACAAUCCUGCCAUUGCCUGCAGUGCCCUAACUUCUUGAAACACUUUGAAAUGCAACACGACGAAUGGCAAGUCAAAGAGAAUAUCUCGCAACUGAAACAACUUAUGUCGGACCAGAACCUCCAGCUGCUCCCCGAUUAUGAACAGCGUAUCCAGGUUCUCAAGGAGCUUGGGUUUGUCGACGAUCAAGCCCGUGUCCAACUGAAAGGUAAGGUGGCAUGCGAAAUCCACUCUGCGGACGAGUUGGUCCUGACAGAGCUGAUCCUCGAAAAUGUUCUCGCUGAGUAUGAGCCGGAAGAGAUUGUCGCUCUUCUGUCAGCAUUUGUCUUCCAAGAGAAGACCCAAAGCACACCUACUCUCACACCCCGACUGGAGAAGGGCCAGGCGGCUAUUAUCCGUAUUUCCGAGAAGGUAAAUGACUUCCAGGUUCUACACCAGGUCAUCCAAUCCAGCGAAGACUCCAAUGACUUUGCAAGCGAGCCUCGAUUUGGCCUGGCCGAAGUGGUUUACGAAUGGGCCAAGGGAAUGUCUUUCAACCGCAUCACCGAUUUGACUGAUGUGAUGGAAGGCACCAUUGUCCGCACCAUCACUCGGCUGGACGAGACAUGUCGCGAGGUGAAGAAUGCAGCAAAACUGGUGGGCGAUCCAUCGCUCUACACCAAAAUGCAGCAAGCGCAGGAGCUGAUCAAGCGCGACGUUAUUUUCGCCGCGUCUUUAUACAUGUAA